GAUGUCCACGAUAAACGAUUUCCUGGCCUGUGUGCAUCUCGACUCCUGACAUUCUUCUCCACAUCAAAGGCUCUUGACUUGCCUGUCUCACUCUUCAUUCCGCAAGGUUGCACAAACAUCCAAUUCGCUUCCUCCAUCUUGGAUCAGUGAUCUUCGAGUUGAAGCGCGAACAUGCCAGCUGAGAAGCGCAAGAAGGGAGGAGUGAGGGCGGGAAAGGAGGAAGGGAUGAAUCAUCUGAAUUAUGCGGGCAGCUCGACUGGCACGCUGAUGAUCCCUCAAAAGAGAUGGUACAGACAAAGGGCUCACGCGAAUCCUUUCAGCGAUCAUGAUCUGGUCUUUCCCAGCUCACCCUCGGAAAUGGACUGGAGCAAGCAUUACCCUGCAUUUGCUUCAUCCGACGGUUAUGCCGACUCUUCCGCCCAAAUUGAUCAAGCCUCCGUCUUUACACGGACCAAGGCCUUGCCCGAGUUUCUGGAUGUGGGGUGCGGGUUCGGAGGAUUGUUGUUUGAUCUGGCACCCAUCUUUCCUGACAAACUCAUUCUCGGGCUAGAGAUUCGAGCUCAGGUAGCUCAGUAUGUGGAGGAUAAGGCCCACGCUCUGAGAUUGGCUGCUCGAUCCCACCGACGCGGAGAGCACGCCGCUGGUAACGACACAUCUCAGGUAGGCACAGGCAGCGCCGCUUCGUCAUCAGCGGAGGGAGCAGGCGUAUCACCAACUGUCGGUCCUGAUAACACUAGCGACGCACAGUCAAGCACGUCUUCCCAUCCCAACAAGCGCUCUCGCAAGGAUCAAGCGCCGGGUGAUGCGGACGGAGACGAAGAGGAUGCGAAGGAUGAGAAGGAUGAGAAGGAACAGAACGAGCUGCUUGUUGCGAGAGCUAGGACGGGCAACGUUGCAGGAGGCUACGAGAACGUGAGCGUCUUGCGCGCAAACGCUAUGAAGUUUCUGCCCAACUUCUUUCGCAAGGGCCAGCUGUCCAAAAUGUUCUUCCUGCAUCCCGAUCCUCACUUCAAAAAGAUCAAGCACAAAGCUCGAAUCAUCUCGUCUACCCUCUUGGCCGAGUAUGCAUACGUCCUUCGACCUGGGGGCAUACUCUACACCAUCACGGACGUGCACGAUCUGCACUUGUGGAUGGUGGGGCACUUGGACGUGCAUCCUUCUUUCGAACCGAUCCCGGACGCGGAAUUGGAGGACGAUCCUUGCGUCAAGGCUAUCUGGACCGCCACAGAGGAAGGCAAAAAGGUCAUUCGCAACAGAGGCGAUAAAUGGUUCAAAGCGUACCGGCGGAAGCCUGACCCACCUCUUGAUGAGGACGAUGACGAGCACCUUUAAGAUCGCGCGAAGAAGCAUGUAUACCAAAAGCAGUAAGGAUAAAAGCAUUCAUUCUGCAUUGCAAUACGCCCGUGUCGCAACGUC